GUAUUGACCAACGAAUUAGAGACAUGCACGUCACUAUGGAGUUGUCCAUAGGAGAUUAUGUACUCUCAGGUGGAGAAUUGGCAGCAGCAGUAGUGGUGGACGCCAUUGGGAGAUUAAUUCCAGGAGUACUCAAUGACGAGACGAGCGCCCUGACCGAUUCAUUCCAAGAUAACCUAUUGGCACCACCUGUUUAUACUAGACCUGCAGAUUUCAAAGGCCAUAAAUCUAGUUACGGUCACAUCAGAGAUCUAGAAAAGGGAAAUAGAGGAAUAGACAUUGCCAAUAAUUUUGAGCCAUCUUACGUCGUAUCACCCGAAAAAACCAAAGUCGUAAGAGAACUUAAAGAGCAUGUCAAAAAAGCAACAGAAGUCUGGCUUGCGACGGACGAGGACCGAGAGGGAGAAGCCAUUUCUUGGCAUUUGUGCAAGGAGCUUGGACUGAAUGAGAAGACAACAAAACGGAUUGUUUUCUCUGAAAUCACCAAACCGGCCAUACAAAGAGCAGUAGCAAACCCACGUACUGUUGAUAUUGACUUAGUCAAUGCUCAGCAAGCUCGUAGAAUUCUCGACAGACUAAUAACAUCUGCGGCCCUCGUUGUCAAAUCAUCCGAAAGUCCUGCACUGAUCCUACCUAACAGUCCCAUAGAGCACGGACACACAAUCAUAGUAUCAUAUCGUGCUGAUCCUGAUGCAAAUGAUAGAUAUUCUAAGGGCAAUAAGCUGAAAGCAGGACCCGUGUGGGAUUUUGAUUGGGCAUGGAAGAAUUUGGGUAUCUGCGAUUUGUAUGAUAAUACUAAUGGUGAAGGAUGGGCGCAUCUCAAUAAUGAUUGUCCGACAGACAAUUAUUCCACAGCUAGAAGUGAAGCUUUUACACAGAUCACAGCAUUGGAUUCUGGUGGUGAUGAUUUUAUCAAUAAACCUAUCAAACCCAAUGUAUUUAAAUCAAGGAUUAGUGCCUUGUUGAGAAGACAUUCUGGUGCAUCUGCUUCUAAUGAAAAAGAAGUCAUUCGAUUUGGUGAUAUGGAAAUCGACAAUGAACAGUUUAAGUAUGUGUUUCGUAAAAUCAAACUGAUCUACAAACUCAUCUACGAUUCUAAAAAGGACAAAACCAUCAAAGACAUCAAUGCAGAAAGUCUCGCUGAUGUCAAUGCCAAAGUGAUGGAAUGGGCAGAAAGCACCAAACAAGAAAUCGCUACCUUAAAAUCAUUAGAAGAAUACCGCAAAAACUAUGUAGGCAAUAUCUCUCAUGAGUUAAAAACACCGAUAUUCUCUAUCCAAGCAUACCUGCAUACCCUCAUAGAAGGUGGACUGUAUGACGAGAAUAUCAAUAAAGACUAUCUACAGCGAGCAGCUGACAAUACUGAACGACUUCAGAAUAUUGUAGAAGAUCUAGACGUCAUCACUAAGCUAGAAUCAGGUCAAGCAGAAUUGGACAUCAAAAAAUUUGACCUUCGAGAAUUGGUCAGAGAUAUCUUCCUAGAUCUCAAGGCCAUAGCUAAGAAAAAACGAAUUACCCUCCAACUAAAAGAA